UGGAAACGCGCAAAAUAAAUAAAUUAUUCAGUGCUGAUGUAAACAAAUCACAAAUGGUCGAUUGAUAAACUUUUCAAAAUAUUUGCGACUUAAAUCCUGAAAUAUGGCAGAGUUAAGUGAAAAGUUGCUUAAUCUGGAUAUUGCAGAGGAAAUGUUCAAAGACGUCAAGUAUUUUAUCACCGGUGAAGUACAUGAAAAGAUAACUAGUUUACUGAAAGCGGGCGGCGCAGAACACCAAAACUAUUUCUCCGAUUAUGUGACACACCUAAUAGUUGGAGACAACCCUGAAGAAAAUGAUUUAGUAGACGCAAAGGAUGUCUAUGAAAUACCUGCAGUCACUCCAAGAUGGAUCUUUAUGUGCGCCCGCCUGAAGAAGCGUCUAGAUCCUAAUCCAUAUUUUUACAUGACUGAAGCCAAAAUAUUUAGCGGCCAAAUAUUUUGUUUUUCCAAACUUAAUGAAGACAGAAACAAUUUAUGGGGACUAGUUACGUAUAAUGGGGGUGUGGUGCAUUUAAAACUUACAGGCAGGUGCAGUUUUCUGGUGACAGUAAUUACAGAAGGACCCAAAUAUGACAAAGCUUUCUCGUUGGGACCAGAAAGUAUUAAAAUAGUUACGCCUGAUUGGAUAUUUGAGGCUUUGAAAAUUAAAGGCUUUCCUGAUCCUGCAUUGUUUCAUCCCAAACUCAUCAAUUGGCCAAAACCUGUAAAACCUCCAGAACCUACUACUGCAAUUACUGGUUUUGAACCAGAUAUAUCAGAAAAUGCUGUAAAAGUUGAAGAUAAAACUUUACCAGAUUCCACACAGGCAUUAUUGGAAAAACUUAAAAAACGCAUGCCAUGGAAUCAACCCCCUAAUUCCACUAUUGCUGCAUUAACGACUAGUAGUGAUCCAGUGGCUCCACCUAAUGUUGUAGCCCCAAGUUUCCUUAACAGAAGACAACAACAACAACAAUCUUUUAAGCCACCAGUAUCUCCAAUUCAAACCUCUCAGCCUGCACCUGUUGCUAGUUUUGCUCCAACCGAAUCACAAUCUCCAAAUCAUGUUCCCAGAUCAAUUGUUCACCAUACGCCCAACAACCAACCACCAAUACAACACAAUAUAAAUAUAAAUCGUCUAAUGCAUCCCCAACCUAACAGAUCGCCAACCAGUUUGCAGCAAUUGAGAGGGCAAUUAAAUACAUCGCAAAUUCAUCAACAAUUGUUACAGCAACGAAUGCAACAGCAAACUCAACAAAAUAUAAUUCAACGUUCAUCAGCUGGGCCGAUAAUUAUUAAUCAGCAAUUGUUGCACCAACAUUUAAGCCAGGGACAGCAUCAAGCUUUACAAAAUCUGAGAAAUCAACAAAACUUGAUGAAUCAACAACAACAUUUGAUAAACCAGAAUCAGAACCACCAAGGACAGAGUCCUAUGCAAGUUGACUCGCAGGAUGGUUUGUUGGGACAACAAAGUCAAAGUAAUAAUAUACCUUUUAGCCAGCCGAGUCCUAUUACUAGCCAAGCAAAUCAGCAAAACGAAAUAAACCUCCAGAGAAAUCAAAUUGAAAGGUCACCAAGUCAUAAUCAAAUUCCAAGUUCCCCACAACACAACCAGGGACAGCUUUUAAGUCCCCAGCAUCAACUGAUAAAUCAACAGCCUUCUGUCAAUCAGCUGCACCAGCAUCAACAAACCAAUCAACUUUUAAAUCAGCAACAAGUACCAAAUCAGCCACAACUUCAGAAUCAAUUAAACAUGCAACAAGAUCGUAAUCAGCUUUUAAAUCAGCAACAGGAUCGUAACCAGCUUUUGAAUCAGCAACAGGAUCGUAAUCAGCUUUUGAAUCAGCAACAAGAUCGAAGUCAACUUUUAAAUCAGCAACAAUUAAUUCAACAGCAACAGCAGAAUCAAAACAAUCAGCAGCUGAUCAGUCAACAACAACAAAUUCAAAAUGAGCUGCAAUUGCUUGGCCAACAAUCACCGCAAAAUUCACAAGUAAUGCAAUCAAGUCCGCAAAUUAUUCAACAAAAUCAAAACCAAAUGAUGCAGAAUCAGCAAAAUCAACAAAUUAUGCAGCAAAAUCAACAAGUUGUUCAACAAAAUCAGCAAAUGGUUCAACAAAAUCAGCAAAUGGUUUUACAGCAAAAUCAACAGCCGCAACAAUUGAGCCAACAAAAUCAAGGGCCUUUAAUAAGGCAAACUCAAAUAAUUAGUCAACAAGCUCAACAAUUAAUAAAUCCGACCAACCAGCAUCAGCAUAAUAAUCAACAAACUUUGCUGGGUCUGCCACCCAAUCAUCAUUUGAGCCAGUUGAAUCCGCAACAAUUGCAGCAGUUGCAGCAAUUGAAAAGGGAACAACAACAGCUGUUGAAUCAAUCUCAAAACCAGUUGAGUGGAAUAAAUCAGCAAACCAUCAGCUUGAAUCAGCAAAAUGUUGCCCUAAGUCAACAGAAUGUUGUCAAUGUGAAUCAAAAUCCACAAAUUGUAAGUCAAAACCAACAAAUUCCAAUGAGUCAACAACAGCUGAUACAAAACAGAGUUAUUCAACAGCAAAGUCAGCAAAAUUUCAACCAACCAGGUUUGAAUCAGCACAUAUUGAAUCAAAAACAGCAAAUGUUUGGUCAGCAACAAAUCAACACCAGCCAGCAUUCGCAACAACAAUUGAUCCAAAAUUUGACCAACCAGCCUCAAUUCGUUAACCAAAACCAAUUCGAGGCAAUCCAGCAGCAAAAACAACAAAACCAGUUGAAUCAAAUGAAUGUGCAAUCUCUCAACCAGCAACUGCAACAGCAAAACUUGGGACAGCAACUGAACCAGCAAUUGAUGCAACAAAACCAACAGCAAGGCUUGGAGCAAAAUUUAGGCUUGAUAAAUCAACAACAACAACAGCCUCAGCAGCAGCAGCAACAACAACAACAACAACAAGGCUUGAAUCAACAAAUUAAUCCCGUUAUGACGCAGCAAGUGAUUAGGACACAGUUUCCGCAGCAGGUGUUGGUGAAUCAGGGGCCACAAGCCGGGCCUCAGAGGGCGCAAUUGGGGCCUCAGAUUUGGCCGCCGCAGCAGCAGCAAGUUGGGGGACAGAUUCAAGGACAACAACACAUAAUCCGUCAUCCUGUAAAUGUGUCUGUUCAACAAUCGCCUACACAAGGAGCAGUGCCCAGGAUUCAAUGGCCUCCUGGACAACAGCCCCAAAGACAGCUUAUACAGCUUGAUGCUCACACCCAUAACCAGUUGCAAAAAAUGGCCCCCGAUCAGCAAGCACUAUUCGUGGCCAAGCUUCAGCAAAAGCAGCGACAAAUGCAGCUGGCUAAACAAGCCCAGCAAAGGGCUAGCGGACAUAUUUUGAUUCGUGGGAACGUACCUCAAGGCUUAACUCCAGCGCAGCAAGUUCAGUGGUUACAACAACAAGCCAAGCAACAGGGAAUUGUGUUGCCACCAAAUAUACAACAGAAUCUUACACCAGGUACUGUCGCUGCACAACAACCUCAAACUUCAGCAGCGGUACCACCACCACAGCACGCACCUGGCCUCAGUCCGAUUAAUCAACCCAACGCUCCGGCACAGGUACAACAGCCAUUUGUUGUAGAGCAGACUCCACAACAGCAACUUCACUUGAAACAAUACAGAUUACAACAGCUUCAAAGGGAACAAGCCCACAAGAAUGCAUUGGCUCAACAAGGUGGCAUACCACCUCAAGCUGUCGUCAGACCACCUCAGGCACAAACUCCAGCAGCAGAUCCUCCAGCCAAUCUUCAAGUACAGGUAAAUCCCAAAACAAAAACUGCACUGGCAAACAUGCUGAGCAUUAAACUCCAAAGCGGUGGAUCGAUUGGGUCUACUGUUAGACCUGAAGGUAUAUCUGAACCAUCUGCAGCUGGAACCUUGAGGAUGAUGACUGCUCAACACAAUGCUGCAAUAAAUUCCAAACCUCAAGAAAUAAUAGCCUUGCACCAGCGCAGAUCUAUAAGCGGACCUAACGGCGAAAUAAUUAAAACUCCGGGUGUUUCAGCUCUGCCUGCGGCCUCUCAAGCUGAUACUCCAAAAUUGCAAUUUAACCAAAAGUCUCCUGUGCCUGUUCAACAUCGAGUUGGACCAUUUUAUGGACACAACCCUAAUUUGAAAUUGCCCCCAGAUCUAUUUCUAUUGGGCUGCAUUUUUGUUGUUGUUGAAGUUGAGGAUUACUUGGAGGAAAGAUUACCUGGAUGGCAACAAAAAAUUGAGAAAUAUGGAGGUGAAGUGGAAAAACAGUAUUGCAGUAAAGUGACUCAUGUACUUUGCGAAACUCAGAGGCAUGGUGUUGUAAUGCAGGCAUUGAGGGAUCUGAAAAGAUGCGUCACUAUUCGGUGGCUGAGUGAUAUCAUCAAGAGGAAACAGGUUUUACCGCCAUGGACUGCCUUACAUCUACCCCAAAUUUACUUAGACUUAUCCCCAGCCUCGAAACACUUAAUUUCUGUCAGUGGAUUUGAGGGUAACUUACGCAAAAUCGUAAGGCAAAUGGUUAUGUGUAUGGGGGCAAAGUGUACUAGUUACUUCUCCAAGCACAACACCCUGCUUAUAUGUUCCAAAGCUGAAGGCCCAAAGUUCGAUCACGCCAAGAAAUGGGGCACUCCGGUGGUUAAUGUGCAAUGGUUGACUGACAUUAUUUUAGGGAAUUUCAGUGCCAUGUCCCAGAUGGAACAUCAAGCGUAUCAGACCUACUGUACUCCGCCGAAUUUUAGUUUUGAUCCAAAACUUGUUCCUAAUGUGAUGCAUGCUUGGAAAGCUCCAAUCAACAUAUCUCAAGAAUCCUAUGAAAGAGUGAAACGUUCAGCUUCACCGGUCAGCUUACCGAAAGCCAAGAAAAUGAAAACGGAACACACCGACGAAAACGAAAACAUAACUGAUGAAGUCUUCGAUUCAAAUUAUAAAAUAUUAUUUUCCCAAUACGAACCGGAUCGGGUGAAAGAACUUGGAAAAAUCGUCCGGGAUCUCGGAGGCAUUGUCGCCAGUGACCACAAAGAAUUUACCCACUUAGUGGUGCCAAAAUUAACCAGAAGCCAUAAACUUUUGUUUGCCAUUGUGAAAUCUCAUUAUAUUUUAUCAGACAAGUGGCUAGAUGAUUCUUUGGAGGCGAAACGUUUUCUUCCUGAAAGCGAUUUUGGAUUGCCUACUGAGAAGUUCAAUCAAACUUAUGGAACUAGUUAUGAAAAAGCUUUGCAAAGUUGUAACAGGCAACAAUUACUGGACGGAAAAACGUUUCACGUAACACCAAGUGUUGUUCCAAGCAAAAGGAUUGUAUGUGAACUAAUUGAACUAUCUGGAGGCAAGUUGGAGCGUAUAAGAAGAAGCCGAGCUCAAAUCGAAGCCACAAACGCCACAUCUCCCUUAUCCUACUUCAUAUUAACAGCCCGAGAGGACUUACAUUUGGUGGCGGAUUUAUUGAAAAACAAAAAAGACAAACAAAAAGUCGUGUGCAAUGUAGAAUUAGUUUUGAGCUCUGUCAUGAAACAAGAGUUCGAAGUUGAGCCUUAUGCUGUUAGUGUUGUAUGAUCUUCAAAGAAACAUAGAUGAGAGUGGCUGAAAAGGCAACGAGAGUUGCUGUUUGACGAAUCCAGCUCAGACAGUGACGAAAGCCUUAAGGAUCACGAGGAAAUAAUUGUGCUGGAUAGCUUUAAGUAAGAGACUUUAUUGAUUGUGGUAAUUGUUUCAAUGAAUAUCCAAUAUUUUAAAAUUGGUCGAUUUCGAUUUUGGAAACACCCGCCCGCUUAAUUUGCUGUACAGAUUUAGAUUAGUGUUUUCACUUAGUAUGGAGGAAUGGAGUGAUUUUUACUAAUCGUUAGGGGGCAAUUUAUUUAACGAUUUCAUAAUAUGCAUUUUGUACGUUCCAGUAGUAUAUAGGCCGUUUUACAGUUCACAAUUUAAAUCAAUCUGAGUACAUGAUAAUAUUGAAAUAAGAAUAAAUAGUUGUGCAUUAUACACUAUUAGCUAGGUAAACCGGGCUUUAACUUUUUAUGAAUUAUAAAGCUCUAAAAUUUGGCCUGUGAGCAUGCAUCUGUCACAAGAGGCAAGAUUGCAACAAUUUCUUGAGGCUAUUGUUGUUGUUAACACUAGAAAUAGGUCUAAAGAAUAUGGCUCAACGUAAAUAGUGUAAAGAAAAUUAUGAACUGUAGAACGGUUUUAAUUAUCCAGGAAAAAAUACAGGAAAUUUACAAUAAAAUUAGUUCCUGAUAUUUGAAAGCUGUUAGGUUCCAAAUAUUUGCUGAUGAAUUUUUUUCUCAUUUCAAGUUUUGGUGAAAAUUCUGUGCUACUAUACUAAAAUUUUUGGGAAUAAAUCAACACUCGUCAUGUUCUGGACAAAAUCUUUUGACACCCUGUAUAAUGAUUCCUGCAUAUUUUUAUUGUGAUAUAAAAAGGUGACGAUUCGAACUAACGAUUUAAAACCCAGUAUUUACUUAUCAAAUUUCAAAUUUGACUGAUGGCAAUGAAUAAUUCGUCUAAAAAAUGUCCAAUACUGUUUAGCCCUUUGUAUAAUACCAAAUUCUUGACCUUGCAUUUAAAAAACCAACUAUAGAAUACCGCAUAUUAUAAGACAAUAUGAUCAUUCUCAUCUGUAGCAUAAAAACAAUGUAAAAUAUAAUAUUUUCGUUAUUCUUCUAGACUUCGGAGUUAUUAAUUUAUAUGAAAAUGGGAUGUCACGUGGGUAUAUCUUCCUUAUUAACUAUUGUGUACGUGUCUAGAAUUGAUAUUUAUUCAAUUUUCUAACUAGGGUCGUUAUUUUGUGAUGUUAUAUGGUACACCUACAUGAAUAGAUAUUUAAUAAUUAUUGAAUAUAUUUUGUAUAUUUACAAUACAUCCGUUUAGUUUUAAGGAAUUAUUCACCUAUAACUGUAUAAGGUAUAUAAGGAUGUUACAAUACAGUUAAUAAUAAUUAUUAUGAUAAGAUAGGUAGUAAUAUUAUUGCUUUUUUUUAUCAGCCAACAGCUGUAAGCGCUUUAUGUCUGUUAGCUGAGCUUUUAUUUUAUUUACUGUUUUUUCUUAUAGCUUUUUGUUAUUUUGAAUUUAAAGUUGAAGUACUUAAUAGUACAUAAAGUCUUGAAAAGAAAUCUAUUACUUUCAUGAGAUCCAUUGUGCAAAAUAAAAGCUUGGACUUGUGUUAUUAUUAUAUAAUAUAAUAUGGUAUUUACUGUUUAUGUUAAGCGGCUUAAAACUAUUGAUAUUGGUAAAUAAUAUAAUUACUGAUCAUAAAAUCCAUAAAAUGUAGAUUUUAAUUAUUGUAACCUUUCUAGAAACAGUAAUAAUCUUUUCCGAGAAUCAUUUUGAAAAAUCCUUUGCUUCAAUGUAAGAAAAUCUCCUACUUUGCAAGGCCUUCUAGUUCUAGUAGAUAAAAUAAAAAUUAUAAUAAUUUAUAGAAAAAUAUAAGUUUUAGUAUAUUCGUAAAAAUAUAAUCUCAAUUUUAAAGGUGCGCCAAAAAGAAAAAAAGGUUCAUCCGACCGCACCAACAAUUUGUUCCUGUUAUGUCAAAGCAGUCGAAUAAACAAAAAGUACAACGCCCCAAAACAAAAGAAGCAUUAUUACCUAAUUACCAUAAUCAUUAUGGUAAUUUUCAUGGGCAAAUAAUCAUACAAUAAGCUGAUUACCAUAAAAUUUCAUUAGCUUCUUUGCCCACCUUAAUUUUUUUCGAAUGCGGCUGGCCCGUUUUUUUAAGUGACUUCUUCCUUCUAGCUCUAGGAGAUAAGAUUUAAGCCAUGCUUAGUUGUCUGUCGUCCUUGUUUAACACAUUACACUUUGCAGGUGCGUACAUCGAGGAUUAGAUUCCGUCGUUGCCAUGUUUCUCGAUUUAUCAACUGGUCAGAGAUUGAAGUUGUUAAUUAAAUGGCUCGAAUUUUCUUUUGGGAGCCUCUACGAUGGAAUAUGUUUCAAAUUUUUUGGAUUCCCUUUAUUGUUUCUGCUAUUUUGAAUAUAAUAUCUUCAAAAGGGUCAAACAUCUCCCAUUGGCUUAGAGUUUGACAUAGUUUUUGAAGUUGUUUGGGUUAGUUACCUAUUUUAUUUCAGACAGUUUUGUCCACAUAAGUUCCUUAUGAAUUAGGUAGGUAAAUAUUAUAUGAGAACUUAAUUUAGUUGAAGUUGUCGGAUGCAUGAUAUUUUCGUACACAAAACUGCGUAAAUUAAGAAUAAAGAAAUUUCCAACUUUGUUGAACAAGAAGCGUAUCUCGUAAAUCUAACCUGAUUGAAGUUGCUGAAGGCAGCUUUACCAGGUAUACUAUACCUACCUACAACUAAGAAACAGCGACAGAAAUCCGAGAACAACUGGUGACCAAAAAUUUUAUAUUAUGUGGAAUAUAGCUUAUAACCUAUAAGACUUCCGAAGCAAAAAUUAGAGCUGUGUCCAUUAACGGCACCAUGAAGGAAUUUCGGAAAAGAUUACGAAUGACUGUUAUCGUCAUCAGAAUCAAACUGGGAAAUCCUACGACGAUAAUCAACGUUUAAAGUGAUAUUUUUACAUGUAAAAUGUCACUUUAAGCGCUGAUUACCGUUGAACCCCCCUUAAAAUGGUCGGUGCAAACGGCCAUUAACAAACAACACCUGAGGUAGGUUAUUGCAUGUAAAGGUUCGCAGAUAGCCAGAUAGGUCUAUACGUCUAUAGCAUAUAAUUUGAACAAAAAUACGAAACAGUAUAUUAAAUAAAACAAAAUAAGAUAAGAUUAUGAACACCUUCAAAGUGGACAGGAAAUGGACAUGCAGAUUGUUGGAUAAACUGAUAUUCAUAUCAGUGAAACAAAAAUUAAUAAAUUAAUAGUAGAUUAUACCACGAGUCCAUAAUGAUAGCUAAUAUUCCCGAGGAAUAUUUACGAACUGAGCCGCGUCAGCGGCGAGGGAGUGACAUUCCGAGGGAAUAAUAGCCAUUAUUGCGAGUAGUAUACUCUACUUUAUUUACGACAAAUUAAUUUAUUUGAAAUUUUCUUUUCAACAACGCUCUUUGUUCAUCCAUCUCAAUACAAAUACACAAGCACUACGCGUUUGACACUGACACUUUUAAGUUUGUUCAGGUAUAUUGUUUCCAUGGUACUACUUAUUUAAUUUGAGAAAUUAUUUGAUUGGUGUGCAAGCGGGAAUAAUGAACAUUAAUCCCUGCGGGAAUAAUAUGUUAUUAAACUGCCAAAAUCACAAGUAUAAUACUUACAUUAUAUGUCAGUCGUAAAUAAACUUUGAUUAUUAGCCUAUACCUACUUUGCUAAUUUAUAUCGCAGCUAUGGAUGACUGAAUGUGUUCAUAAUAGUUUUUAUAUGUAAGGUAAAGAGAUGGGGAAUCGUUUACUUAAGAAAGGGUUUGUAAUUCUUUGUCUUGAUGUUGAGUCAGUUUGUAUAGUUAUUGCUAUGAGUUCAUACGCUCUGCUUUCCACGCUGUGUUCGAUAUUAUAAAUAUAUUGAAUAUCGAUAAUUUACAAGUUCUUUCAUUUCUUAGUCCAUUUCCCAAUACAGAUGUCACUAAGUGAACGGCAGAACCAAAAAUUAAAUUGAUUAUAUUUUUGAAUCAUAAAAGACAUAAUAGAGUGGUAAAUCGAUUCCCAUUAUGCAUUAUACAGGAAAAAUGGAAAAAGCUAAUAAAAAAGAAAACGAUAAACA